AUAUAGAUCUAGUCUAAGUCUAGAUCUUUAAUCUAGCAAGAUUUAGAUAUCUUGAUCUCCAAGAUGUACGUUUGAUUUUAUGAACAGAUGUGAUGGAUAAAGUGACCACUGCUACACAUGGAAUCGAAAAAGGAAAUAGUUAAGAGUGAAUCAGAUGUGAUCACAAUGGAAGUGGACACAACCGAUGCGCUGGAAAUCAUUCUUGAAAAAGAUGAAAACACGUCCAAUAAAAUCACACGGCUGAAGGAUAAAAAUAAUGCAGAGGAUGUCUUGAGGGGAAGAGAGAAACAUACGACUCAAGAGAUCAAAGUAGAGAAAGAUGUUGAAAUCAAAGUAGAGAAAGAUGUUGAAAUCAAAGUUGAGAUAGAUGCUGAAAAUGAUUCAGAUAAAGUCACACCAGUCAGCGAUAAAAUUAAUACUCAUGAAACCAUCAGUCAGAAAGACAAAUUGGCUGUAGACCACGUCAAAAUAGAGAUGGAUUAUGAAAAUGCUUCAGAUGGCGUCAUAACGCAGGAGCAAUGUGCAUCAGGUGAUGUUUCUAGUGGGAAGGAUCAUAUUGCUGGAGAAGAAAUGAUUAUCGAAAUGCAGAAAACAAUGACAGAUCUGGAUAUUCUCAUUGAGUCGCUCAGAGACCAAGAGUUUAAUAUAGCUUUUGUCUACGAUCUCUACAAAAAUACUUACAGUUCGACAGAAACAGCUAAGAUUCUUAUGACCAUGUCUCCUUCAUAUAUAUAUUUGGCACCUGCUUGCCAUACAGUAAAAAACAUUGUCAAGCGAAUGAACACGUACUUAAAGAACAUUGACGGCAAUUGGACUAAAAUUUGUCAAUACUUGAGUGCGCCAUUCACAUUGCUUAAAAAAAAAAUUAAGUCACCAAAAGCCCUAACAGAAAGCCCCAAAAAAUGGUACUCUUGUGAGCUGCAAAGAUUGAUUUUGAAUAACCCUGAAAAAUCAGGAAUCGGAAAAUCUCCUACUUUAAAAUAUCUGAUUGAUACAUUUGGGGAUUGCUUAGACAGGUGUCGUAUUGGUCAUGUGCUCUUGAUCUACUACCUAGACAACUGUAAACCUCACGCCACAGCCAAACAUGUCAAAAUGGUUUUUAAAUUGAAAUCGUCAGUUACCAAAUAUCGCAUCGUCAAGCUAGUGGAGAACACUAUUAUCAAGCGCAAGGCAAGCCUUUAUAGAAAUCAAGAGUUUAGGGAAAUGUGUGCGCAGGUUUUUAGAAACAAUACAAAGCCAUUUUUAAACUUAACUGGGGCAGCUGUAAAUGAAGCUGAUGUGGGCUCGGGGUGCAGCUCCAGUAAGAGGUUUGCAAAAAAGUACAAGCGAGCGUCGAGGCGUCCAAACACUGUCCCUGGCGAAGCAUGUGACCAAGUGGAGAGGCUCAAAGAGCGGAUUAAGUUCAUAUCCCAGUCUCGUCACAGCGAGAAUGCAAAGCGAAAAGAGCUUCUAAACAAGCUCAGAAGUAAAUUACAGUCCGAUCCGCAAAACUUGCAACAAUUGCAAGAAACAGCAAAUAUAAAAAUGGCAAAAUUAAAUGCCCUAAGAAAGAAGCUCAAAAGUAUGGAUUUAAAGUCCAUGACAAAAAAGCUUGAGAAAAUGACUAAUUUGUACCUCAAAGAGAAAAGAAAGUGUCGGAAACUUACAGAAGAAAUGUCACAAGUUCCUUCUAUCCACCAAGCACUGGAAGAAAAGAAAGCAACCAUGGAACGUCUUCAAGCUGAGAAUAAUAGUCUGAAUGAUAAAGUUCGGGAUCUGGAAAUAGAGUGUCAGUAUUUAUCCCAAAAUCACAUUGAAAAGUAUCACUAGUGAAAAUGAAGACACUUGACCUAUUUAAAUGCUUGAACUAUUUCUUUUCUGCCAUAUUUUGUCAGUAUAUCUAGUUACUUGGCAUUUGUAAUAUAUGUUUGAAUUGGCAUUGAAGAACAUUUUUGUUACAAAAAAUUAUUAUAGCUCAUAUUUUUUUUUUACAAAAUUUUGCAUCUUUUUGCAAAUAAAAUAGCAACCAAUCUCAGACCCACCAGAAAAUCUAACCAAGUAUAUAUUUCUUUGUUACCAUUCUGUUUGGGCUUUUGAGAAUAUCAUAGACAUCCUGGGAUUUUGUGUCUGACUAAACAAUUUAUCUGUAUUUUCAAAAGUUUUGUCUUGUCUUGUGUUAUGAACUAUACAGGUCAGACCUGAAAAUAAAUUGACCCUUGUGUUAUUACAAUGCCAAAGAACAGACUACUUCAGGUAUUGCGUUACUAAUAUAAUUUUAAUUUUUUUUUUUUUUUUUUUUUUUUUUUUGGCAUUGGAGUAAAAUCUUGGACAUAUUUUUUUAAAAAUACAUUAUAUAAUCAAACUUUUAUCAUUUUUUUUUUUUAUUUGAAAGCAUUAUGUAAGUAAGUUUUUAUAUUUUGUAUGCAUUGCAUAAUUAAUUUUUAUUGAGUGUAAGAGACAUCUAAGAUGUGGCUGUGUUUAGGCUGGGUGCAAGAUACAUCUCAGAUGUAAAUCUCUUUACUGAAGCGGUAUUGUUUAGUGUUAGUAGUUCUAUUUUCUGACACAUUUAAUCAUGUUGAUUGUAAUUUUUUUGUUAAUGCCUUUUAACAUUUUCCCCAUGUAAGUUAUUGCAUUCAUAUUUGUUGAGACCUGUUUUAAAUUUAAAAAAAAAAAGAUUAUUGAACAAAUUAAAGAAAUUUGUUUGCACAAUCA